CUGCACUGGCGCAGACGUGUUGGGCGGAGUUCGAACUUGAAUAUUUAAGGCCCCGACCGGGCCGACGCUUUAUUUAAUCACCAGAUAACCAAUUUCAUCAAAGAAAAUGGCAGACCAAGCUGAUACUUCCUCAGCUCACAGUCGGCAGUUGCAGAUCAAGAAGCUGCAUGCUGACAUGGUCCGACGCCUAAGUGGAAUAUUCAGUCCAAAUCUGAACACCUGGCAGAGUAUUUUGGUAGAACUAGAGGCCAUUAUUGAUCCUGCAGAUUUACUUCUGGAUGACAUUAAACAUUUUGGGCAAAUAUGUCGGAGUCUGAUGUGUAAGGGAACUAUUGCUCAUGGCUCUUAUGAUGAACUCCACUGUGCAGUCCGGAAUGUUGAUGCCCAGGCUGCUAAAAUUGUGGAGGAAACUUCUAUCAAGAUUAAAGCGCUACAGCCUGAAGAAACCAACAGCUACACAGGGGAACCAGAUAGUAGACAUUUAAGCAGAGAAGCAGCAUCCUCAUAUGAUGUUCCUCACAAUGUUGAAUCAUCUCACAUGAGAUCUAAAGUGCAUUCUGGUAAUCCUCACAUGAGCACUGUAACUCACUCAAGUGAUAGUAUUGUGCAGUCAUCAAUCCCAAGUCAGGAGCAAAUCAACCUAGAAAGAGGCCAACUAGAGGCGAUGGAGUAUGGUGAGAAAACCACAUCACCUAAGAUAGCACUGCCAGGGGAAAACACUGACAGCAGGGGAUGUCAGACAGGAGACAGGAUUCCCCAUAUUCAAACCAUCACAGCUGGUGCUAGUGGUCCUGAAAUAAAACAUUUUUCUGAAGAGGCUGUAGGUAAAAUGGUGUCAGCUUACCUGCAAGGAGAAAAUACAGAAGUGACAACGGUGGCAGUCAGCCAAACCCAGGGAGGGGCUACAGGGACAAUGGUGCCUGCUCACCCCCAGGAAGGGGCUACAGGGACAAUGGUGGCUGCUCACCCCCAGGGAGGGGCUACAGGGACAAUGGUGCCUGCUCACCCCCAGGAAGGGGCUACAGGGACAAUGGUGCCUGCUCACCCCCAGAGAGGGGCAACAGGGACAAUGGUGCCUGCUUACCCCCAGGGAGGGGCUACAGGGGCAAUGGUGCCUGCUUACCCCCAGGGAAGUACAACAAUGGUGCAAGUACAAAAGCAGAAAAUAGGCAACGUGAACUUAUCAUUUAGCGGAGGAGAAGCCAAUGUGUUUGGAGAUCAUAAUGCUAUCACUAUAAACAGACCGGAUGAUGAAGCUAAAGCCUUGAUGACAGACGUCAAGGAAAUGUUGUCUGAAUUCAAACAGACUAGGGACAGACAGAAUGUGGACCAGAGGAUGCCACAGAAAAAGUCGCAAAAAACAUCAGGAACUCAGACCAGUGGACCAUCAGAAGCCAAGCGACCCAACACUGGAGACGGAGACCAGACAAGAGAUAGGUAUCCUAAGCUAACAGCUAUGAUAGAAACAACCACAGCCAUGAUAUUGAAAGAAAAAGACGAAUACAAGUUCUUUUCUACCAAAAGUCUCCAGGAUGCCUACCAUAAACUAAUGAAGAACAGCUUGGUGAUAAUUAAGGGAAAUUCUGGAGACGGGAAGACAUCCAUUGCACUUGAACUUCUCCGUCGGCUGUGCUAUAAUGAGGAGAGGCAACAAUGUCGACAGCCACUAGAACUGCAUGAUAUCAAAGACUUGGAUAAGGUGACCCCAAAGUCACAAUUAGUUAUUUAUUUAGAUGAUAUCUUUGGGAAGAAUGUUGUGUGUAAACAAGAUGUGGAAGAAUGGGAGAAAAGAGAAAAAUCAAUUAUUUCAAAAUUUUGUGGAAAUGAGCACAGAGAUGGCAAUUUUCUGAUCAUUGCGAUUCGCAGUGGAAUUUCAAAUUCUUUAAAUGCAUAUUACUUGGAAAAGGUAUUCACUAAACAAAACAUUGUUGACCUUAACAUAGAUGCAAAAGAAAAACUGGAAUUGUUAAGUUUGUACAAACCAAAAGAUAAUUUUGUUUCAUGGAAAGAAAGUGAAGAGAAGGAAAUUGUCAAGUGUGCUCCUGACAUUGGGUUUCCACAAUGCUGUAGGUUGUUCAGAGAUUCACCUAUUUUGCAAGCAGAGAGGGUCAAUUUUUUUAAAAGACCUUUUCAUUUUCUGAAAUCUUCAUUAUCUAAAUUGGAAGACGGAAAAUGUUAUGGUCUGGUGUAUCUUUUCCUUAAUGGAGGCAAAGUCAUGGAAGAUGAUUUAGACUCUAACAAUGAAAAUAUUGAUGAACAUUUAUUAGAAGCAGCAUUUGCUAAUGAUGUAGUAAAAGUUACCACAACAGCGGAGCUUGUUCACAAUAGGUCUAAGGGGAGGAAAAUAGAAUUUGUGAAGGAUUCGUUAGAUUGUCUGUUGGGUUGGAUGGUGAAAAAGGAGUCUGACCAGGAUGUGAAAAAAGAGUCUAAUCAAAAACAAAACGUUUGUUACAAAUUCAACCAUGACUCAAUUGAGGAAACUCUGGCCCUUUUGUAUGGAAAAAAAACUCCCAUUGGCUACAUACAGAAUUGUCCCAGCAAGUUCCUCAGUUAUGUAACUACCUCAAAACCCACUCCAAACAAAGGAGUUAUAUCAUCUGAUAAUCAGUACAAUGUUUUGUAUAAACGUUUACUCAGAGAGUUUAAAUCUAGAUACUCUGACCGAGAAAGUGACUGGUUUUAUAGUAAAUAUCAUACUAUAGCUUCAUUAGAUGUUUGGACAGAUAUUCAGUUUCUGCAAGGAUUUAUCAGAUGGCUUAGUGGUCAGAAUGAUGACAAAAACUUGUGCCAUGUGAUAACAUUUUGUUUGUUAAAUGGAGCAUGUUCUGCUGGUUCAGAAGAAUGUGCUUUAUCCCUCCUGUCGAAGGGUGUGAAACCUGACAAGGAGACACCGUUUUGUGUGGUAAAGGGAGGGAGUGUGAAUAUAUUAUGCAAAGUGGAGAGAAUUAUAGUUAAUUCCUUGCAUAGAGUUGAGGAUGAACAACAUAAAUGUGAGACAUUUGAGGGUCGUGUGGUGCACAGGAAUUGUGUGUGUGCUCAGUACGUGUGUCAGUUAUUGAGUGAGAGGGAGGAAACAGUGUUACAUCGUAGUUGUAAGUUUGGACACAUGGAGGUUUGUAAAUAUCUGUGUGAAUCGUACCCAGCACUAACUACAGCUGUAGAUAAUGACGGGAAAACAGUGUUACAUUCUAGUUGUAUGUUGGGACACAUGGAUGUUUGUAAAUAUCUGUGCGAGUCGUACCCAGCACUAACUACAGCUGUAACUAAGUCCGGGGAAACAGUGUUACAUUAUAGUUAUCCUCAAAUGAGUAGACUUGAGCAGGGUUGA